AUGAAACUGCAAUGACCUGAGCUCAGUGAGAUAGGAGGUGAUCUUUGUUCCUCCACAGUGGCCCUGCCUUGCUGUCUGUCUGUUUCAGUUACAGGUUGAAGUCCAAGUCUGCGCAUAGGGCCAAUGUAAGAGUGUGCAUGUCUGUGUCUCACUCAUUCUCUCUGUGUUGCUCUCACACUCCUUCUCUGCGUAUCGCUCUGACUCUGCGCUGUCUGUAGCCGGUCGAGUCUCUCUGUCCCUCCUGCCCUCUGUUCCCUGGCUGCGGCAUGCGUCCUCAUAUUCUCCUCCUGAUGUGUCUCGCUCUGCGGGUCACUGUCGCUCAGGACGCUGACCCCGUGGCCCCAGAGCAGGCAGCCAACGGCACGCAGACGGAGGAGGAGGACUCUGACUGGGGGCUGAACUCUAUCCGGGGGAGCUUCGAGGCUGUGAACAGCUACUUCGACUCCAUGCUGGAACUGCUGGGAGGGAGAGACGGAGUGUGCCAGUAUCGCUGCAGAUAUGGAAAGGCUCCUCUUCCUCGGCCCGACUACAAGACACCUGAGCCCGACGGCUGCAGCUCUUACUUCCUGGGCCUGCCCGUACCUGAGGGAGUGGACAUGGGGAUCCCAGCAAUGACGAAGUGCUGUAACCAGCUGGACCUUUGCUAUGACACCUGCGGCGCCAAUAAGUACCGCUGUGAUUCUAAGUUCCGCUGGUGUUUACAUGGCAUCUGCUCCGACCUCAAGAAGAGCCUGGGCUUUGUGUCAAGGGUGGAAGCCUGUGAGACAGUGGCCGACACCCUGUUCAACACAGUGUGGACACUGGGCUGCAGACCCUUCAUGAACAGCCAGAGGGCAGCAUGUAUCUGCGAAGGAGAGGAGAAAGACGAGCUGUAGAGAAUUCCCCAUCUCAAACAGCACAGCACCAUACAACACAACACAACAUUCAGCACAAUACAACACAACACAACACAAAAUGAUACAAAAUGACACAACAGUGACAACCACAUGAAAGCACUUACACACGUGCAAGCACACACACUUUCUCUCUCUAACCCCACACACAUGCACACACACACUC